AUGAGUGAGGAUGAAUUAUUAAGAAGUCGUUUUUGGUUAGUUGUUUUUACGGGUGGUUUAUGUGCUCUGUUUGGAAUUUUAGCUAAUGGAUUGCUCACAAGGCUUUUCUUGUCUAGUCCAAAUUUUCGAUUUUCGCCUUUCUUCUUUCUUGGAUUUGUUGCGUUGUUUGACACUUUGUUGGAUGCUAUUUAUGUUUUUCUUUUGGUUAGUUUAUUAAAAAAUUUAAAGAAAAAUCAAGACAUUUAA